CUGCCCAACAUGUUUGGUGACCUUCGGUCCACGUUUAUUGCCUUGAUGAUUGGAUCUUACGCCUCCUCGGCAGUCACCUUCCCAGGAAUCAAGCUCAUCUAUGACUCUGGUGCCUCCUUCAUCGUCAUCCUUGUGGUCUGGGCCGGAUGCUCUGGGCUGGUUUUCCUCAACUGCUUCUUUAACUGGCCCCUGGAGCCCUUCCCAGGGCCAGAGGACAUGGACUAUUCGGUGAAGAUCAAGUUCAGCUGGCUGGGCUUUGACCACAAGAUCACAGGGAAGCAGUUCUACAAGCAGGUGACCACAGUGGGGCGCCGCCUGAGUGUGGGCAGCUCCAUGAGGAGUGCCAAGGAGCAAGCUGCAUUGCAGGAGGGUCACAAGCUGUGCCUGUCAACCGUCGACCUGGAGGUGAAGUGCCAGCCAGAUGCUACAGCAGCCCCCUCCUUCAUGCACAGUGUGUUCAGCCCCAUCCUGCUUCUCAGCCUGGUCACCAUGUGCGUCACGCAGCUGCGGCUCAUCUUCUACAUGGGGGCUAUGAACAGCAUCCUUGAGUUCCUGGUUAGCGGUGACCAGAAUGCAGUCGCCCUCUACACCUCCAUCUUUGGCGUGCUCCAACUACUCUGCCUGCUGACAGCCCCUGUCAUCGGCUACAUCAUGGAUUGGCGGCUGAAGGAGUGCGAAGAUGCCUCUGCGGAGCCUGAGGAGAAAGACGCCACCCAAGGCGAGAAGAAGAAGAAGAAGCGGGACCGGCAGAUCCAGAAGGUUACCAAUGCCAUGCGGGCCUUUGCCUUUACAAACCUGCUGCUUGUGGGCUUUGGGGUGACCUGUCUCAUUCCCAAUCUGCCUCUACAGAUCUUCUCCUUCAUCCUGCACACGGUCGUGCGAGGAUUCAUCCACUCUGCUGUGGGGGGCUUGUAUGCUGCUGUGUACCCGUCUACACAGUUUGGCAGCCUCACAGGACUGCAGUCUCUGAUCAGCGCACUCUUUGCCCUCCUACAACAGCCUCUGUUUCUGGCCAUGAUGGGUCCCCUCCAAGGAGACCCUCUGUGGGUGAACGUGGGACUGCUGAUCAUGAGCAUGCUAGGGUUUUGCCUGCCCCUCUACCUGAUCUGCUACCGGCGCCAGCUGGAGAGGCAGCUGCAGCAGAAGAGGGAAGAUGACAAGCUGUUCCUCAAGAUCAAUGGCUCAUCCAACCAGGAGGCUUUUGUCUAGUGCCACCACCUCACAGCUGUGGCCUCCUGCUCAUGCUUCAGUGACUGACCGAGACACUCCUCCCCACCCCAGAGGACCCCACCCCCCAGGAUCAUCUCCUUCGCCACAAUGGAGUCCUCAUCCUUCACAGGGCCCUGGUCCUGCUUUGGAGCUCCAUGGAGGAAAGACAGGAGAGAACCCAGGACGGGCGAUUUUCCUCUGCUGGAAGCAUGGCUGCCCUGGCCUUGCUCUAACCCCCAAGGGACGCUGGGCCUUAGGUCUCCCGUGUUGCCUGCAGGAGGAGCCCAGGGCACACUCAGCAGGCAGGCUCUCUUUCUCAAGGGUCUGGAUUCUGACUCUCGCCAAGGCAGAGGUGCCUGCUGUCCACGCCCUGCCACAUGCCCCUCGGCUGCAUGUCCAUCAAGCACGCCUGCCCGAGGACAAAGGCCUGCACUGACUGCAUCCCCUUGCCUGGCCCCUCACCUCCUCCCCUGGCCAGUCUGAGGCUGCCUGAGGAAGGAAGGACCCGCUUCCUGUUGUUGGUGCUAACCCCUUUGUAAUCGCAGCCCCCUGUGGCCUGUCUGUGGCCAGUCCUCUCAUUGGUGGCCUACAGAGAAUCAUCCCCCACCACCACCACGCCCCGGCUCACAGCCUGGGGAGAGGUUGAAGGGCAGGAUGGGAAGACAAAGACUCAGGAGUCAUGGACAAGGCUGAUCGGUCAUAGCUCACCUCCCUUUGUGGAUGAGUGGAGCACAUUGCCACUGCCACUCUGGGUUCAGUCUGCGACCUGAAGGGAAUUAAAGGGGCGCCACCAAGUUACCCCACUAUACACAACUGUUUUUGUGGGGCAGAAAUAAGGCUGUGGUUGACAGACAUGGAGCAGAGAAGUGGGUUGGUGAGGGACAGAGGUGUGUGUUCCUGUGGGGUGUGUGUGUAUAUGUUGGUGUGUGUGAGAUGAUGGUGGGCUCUAGAGUCUGCUCUUACCCCACUAACUAGACCAAGAGCCAGCCUGGUCUGCAUAGGCCCAGAACCUGAGAGUCAGCCUUGCACAUAGCCAGAAGCUUGUCCAGGGCCGUGAGGCCACAGCACCCCCUGCUGGUAGACUCAUCAGGGCUCUGGAGCUGUUCACAUGGGAGAGGCCAGACCUACCUGGCUUACCAACCCUCCCACCUUGACAGUCUCCAGAAAUGUGUCUGAGACUUAUCAGAGUGCCAAAAGGGGUAGGUUGAUUUUUUUUUAGGCAUAUAGUUGUUUUCUCAAGUUUUAUGGGACUUCUUUUUAUAAAGCAAUAAAUCCACUUUCCUCCUGGUAAGGGAUGACCUAGCAUCAGCUGACUGCUGUAUGUGCCUGUUUUGAGCUUGAGAGGAAAAGGCAGGACAGGAUGUUCUACCAUUGACCUCCCAAGCUGUACCUGGCUGCUCACCAUUUCCUUGGGUGACUUGUCUGGGGAGCAACAGGGGGCCAGAAAAGACCUUACAGCCCCACCUAGACAAAUUCAGCUUCACAGAAGUGUUGUCUGCUCCCUUCUGUCCGUCUCAGCCAAACUGGCUAAUCUUGAUCCCUUCUCAUUGUCUACACAGAUGUCCUGUCGCUGUCCCACAACCUCUAGGGUUCCUCCUGAGCACAGGACAUGGGAUGACCCCAGAAGAACCAUGGGCUCAGAGAACAACAUCAGUAUGUGGCUGGGGGAUAGAGAAGAGAAAGGGACAGACCCAGGCCAAGUUGAAGCUCCACAGUAACAAUGAACCACCAGAUCUCGGCUCUGGUCUGCUCAAAUGUUAAAAAUCACAACCGCAAAAAACUGGGGAUAUAGCUCAGUGGUAGAGCACACGUUUAGCAUGUGCAAGACCCCGAAAAGAACUGUCUUCACAUUUUCAGAACACUGGCCUGUGAUGGUUUAAUGUUUAGUCUGGUUUUAAAAUAGUCUAUAUGGGAAAUGCUGAGUUAAAGUCAAGCAGAUUUCUUCACAGCAAGCACAGCACUUUGCCACACUGUAAGCAUCAUGGUUGUCCAAGAAGGGAUGUGGCACUGGGUGUUGUGGUGUACCUUUGUCUGUAAUCCCAGCACUGAGGUAGGGGGGCUGAGGCAGAAGGAUAGGGAGUUUGAGGCCAGCCUGAGCUACAUAGAGAGACCCUAUCUCAAAAACAAACCAAAAAGAAGGGAUGUGGCAUGCUGCUAAGGCCUGGCUGUAACCACUUGAAUUAUCUCCCCCCUGUGACCUGAUGACCACCUGCUGCUGAGGCUCCUGGGGUCUUAAAAUUGUGGACUCCAGAUCUUUUUCUGCCUUGGUUCUGUUGCCACCAGGGUUUGGUACUGGUGGAGAGGAAGGCAGUUUGGAGAAAUGCUGACUGGCAAGGUCUCUUGUAAGCUAGGAACAUUGAGGUUAGACAGAUACGGCUUGUGCUGUCCUCUGCAGCACCUAGGCCCAGCAGCCUUUAGGGUGUGGCAGUUUAAGGGAAAAUGCUGGCAUUGGGAAAGUAGAAAUGGGGGUGAAAAACAGGCCAUAGCCAACAGUGCGGGAGGAUUAGAGGCUCGAACAUGGGAGUGGCAAACCAGAGGCCAGUCAUAAUUACCCUGACUUUGAAGUGUUGAUAAGUUACAUGUUUUCCUGUUAUCAUUGAAUCAUAGUAACAAUCUAGAGUGAAAUAGAUGCUAUGUUAUCAUCUCCAUUUUACAGUUGGAAACACUGAGGCUCAGAGAGGUGGAGUAGCUUGCCCAAGAUUAGAACCAGGACUCAAAUGUAAAUCUUAUGUCAUCAGAGCGGCCAAAGCCCUGUAGACUAGGACAUCGCACUCAGACCUGCAGCUCCAGAGGCUGCCAGGCCAUUAGUCGGGUGGCAACAGCCUGAGGAGGGGGAACAAGUUCAAGUAUGGUCUCCAUUUCUUGGAUCCAAGGUUUCCUCAGGAGUAGACUGAGUUCUACUUGGUAGAAUCAUUUGAGUCCUGAAGGUUGAUGGGUUACCUGGGAGUGCAAUGCCUGGUCACCCCAGUCUCAAAAUGGAGUGCCUUAAGAUGAGGAUGGGACCACAGGGUGGUCACAGGCAGGGUGCCAAGUGGCCAUGCCUUCCAUUCUUUCCCCUUGUCCUCCAGGGUUGGGAGUGAGGGAGAGGAAGGCACGGAAAUGAUGUCCAGCCUUGUGAUUUCAGAGUGAGGCCAAGGACAAGACCAGCCUCAGGGACAGUGCUGGGACCCCCUCUGUAGUCUCUCUAGACCUUGGUCUGGGCAUUCUUUGUGUAUGACUUCCUCCAAGCCUUCUAGACUUCUAUCUGCAGUUCCCCCUGCUGGGCCUGUGCACAGAGCCCCGUCCACCAUGGUAAAGGCCAAAGACAAGGUGCAGGCCUUAGGGUCUCUGUUUCACUCCACGUCCCUUUCCCUCCUGUGCCAAUAUUGCCCUGGUCAAAAGAACAACAAACCCUUAUCAUGGCCCAGGCAGUCUGAGGGCAUCGUAUUGCCCUAGGCCCCAAAGACACCGAAAAAGGAAGGAUAGCCAGUGUUGGAGUCAUACAGGCAGGACUCUCCCAGAUGGUAGCACAAAUACUAAGUGGAGUUUUGGGGGUGUUUUUUGUUUUGAGACAGUUUUGCUAUGUCACUGAAGCUGGUUUGGAACUUUCCAUCCUCCUGGCUAAGUGGAGGUUUUGAUAUACUUCUUGGUUGUACAGAUUUUAGCAGAUACACAUUCUGAUAGAUGUCGAGCAGGGACAUCUAGAAGCAACCUGUGGUGAGGCGCUCCUUCAGAUAACUCAGUUCUGCCUUUUCAACAGAGCUGGGCUUCAGGGGCCAUUUCCAUAGCAGUGUCUGCCCCCCUAUACACACACACAAUGGUUUCUUAUGGGGUCUUUGGACAGCAAGGCGCCUUACCGUGCCUAUUACCAGGGGCCCAACUUCAGAGUGGUAGCCCAUUUUCCUCAAAUAUAGACCAUGGGCUUAGGAGGGUAGAGCCCAGGACCGCCCAAAGCAAGAGAUUGCUUUUCAGGCAGCAGCCCUUCCCUGGGAUGGAGGGUCAGGGUAAGCAGGGGUGAACAAAGCUUCCCGAGUGUCACAAAGGUUCUGCAUCCUUCAUGAGGUCAGCCCGUCACAACUCUGGCCUCUCCCUGCCAGCAUGGAGCCACCACCUGUGUUCCUUGGUCCCUAAAGUUAGUUAUUCUCACUGUCCUGGGCAGAUCCAAGACUGAACCAGGGACACUAGCAGCUCCCUGACCUUGACCCUUUUCAAUACUGAAAAGAUAGAGAAGAGCAGAGGUUAAGAACCUUAGGCAAGUCUUGAACCUCAGUUCCUGUCUAUAAAAUGGAGUCAACAGUGCCCUCCAAGAACAGCUAAGUGUACCGUGUCUGCAUGGUAGUACACCUGGCAGUUUGUAGAUAUUCAACCACAGAAGGCAUUAUGAACUGGGAAGAGAGUGGACGGGCUGGAGGCAUGGCUCAAGUGGCAGAGCGCCUGCCCAAAGAGUGUGAAGCCCUGAGUUCAAACUCCAGUAUUGCAAAAAAAAAAAAAAAA